UUUCCUUUCCUCAUUGUCUUCAUUUUACUUCCUCCUUUCAAUUACGGAUUAGAUGUUAGUUUGCAGGUGAUUGUGUGCGUGUGAAUAAAUGACAAUGUGACUUUAUUCGCAAGUUUAGUCGAAGCUGUGUCUCGGUUGGGUGAAGGUGCAUCUGCAUUCACUAACAGAAAUCCUUUGGUAUGUCGGAGUGACCUUUGCUGAGUGCUGACCGGCCUUGAUCACGUGACCUGAGAUGGCGAAGCGACUCGAUGACGUCAUGUCCCGCCUGGGGACCGGCCGCUGGAAUCUCCUGCACAUCAUCUCCCUCUCUUACUGCUUCUCUCUGACCACGUACCACACCCUGGGCGGCGCCUUCCUCGCCCCCCGAGUGGACUACACCUGUCGCCGGCCCGAGGACGCCCACGACGGGGCCGCCGCCCGCGCCGCCUCGCCGCUGUCCGUUCCCGCCGACGGCAACACCUCAAGGGAGGCUAGACCCGAGUGCAGUUACUUCGUCCUGAACUCGUUCUCAGGCCAGGUCGAGGAGGAGCCGUGCUUCGAGUGGGACUUCGACAACUCCACCUUCAGCUCCACCGUCGGUAGUGAGUUCCAGCUCGCCUGCGGCUGGGAGUACCUGCGCUCGACGUACCAGAGCAUCUACAUGUUCGGCGUCACGAUCGGGGCGCCGUUCAACGGGGUUCUGGCCGACAGGUACGGGCGGAAGAUGACGGUGGGCGUGGGCUUCGUCGCCUACUCCGCCCUGGCCAUUGGCUCCUGCUGGAUCCCCAACCUCUCGGCUCUCCUGCUCUCGCGCUUCUUCAUGGGCGCCGUCCACCCCACGAUACAGAAGACGGGCUAUAUUCUAGGCAUGGAGGUGGCGGAUCCCAAGUGGCGCACGCAUAUCGGCAUCGUUCUGUUCCUGCCGUGGGCGCUCGGUCUCAUGGCGUGGGGCGGCUUCGCUUAUCUCGUCCGUGACUGGCGGAUGCUGCAGAUGACGGUGUCCUUGCAGUGCCUGGCGUUCUUGCCGACUCUGUGGUUCAUGGACGAGUCGCCUCGGUGGCUGGCCGUGCGGGGGCAGCACCGGCGCGCCCUCCGAGUGCUGCAGAGGGCCGCCAGAUGGAACGGGGUCGCCCUCCCCCCCGAGGACGAGCUCCUGCUUCUGCUGAAGGAUGGGGUCAAGGACGAGGCAAUGGAACGCCCAUAUCAAGAGGCCCACGCCCACGGCUCGAAAGGGUGGCUCAGAAGGCGUUUCGAUGAAGUAUUUAUUCUUUUCAGAACCCCCCGCCUUCGCGCCAUCACCCUGAGCCUGUACAGCAACUACCUGCUGGUGGGCGCCGUGUAUUUCGGCCUCUCCCUCAGCGGCGGCGACCUCAGCUCCGACCCGUUCCUGUACAUGGCGCUGACGGGGGUCGUGGAGCUGCCGGCCUACACCCUGGUCAUCCCCCUGGUGGCUCGCUACGGCAGGAGGGCCCCCGUCGUCGCCUUCUUCUUCAUGGGCGCCGUGGCCCUUUUGGCGUUGCCCUUCGUGCCUACGGGCUCUGGGGAAUCGAUGACCUUAGCCCUUAUGGGGAAGAUGAGCAUCGCCUCGGCCUUCCAGAUCCUCGACUUCUACUCCUCAGAGCUCUUUCCCACGGAAGUCAGGACGAGGGGCAUGAGUACUUCCCUUGUUAUGUCGAGGGUAGGGUCCACCUGUUCGCCUUUCAUCACCGACUACCUGGGCCCCUUGUACCCGUGGGCGCCGUCAGCCGUGUUCGGGGCGGCGUCGGUGCUGGCGGGGCUGGCCACGCUGCCCCUGCCGGAGACGCUGCACGUGCCCCUCCCGGACACCAUCGCGCACCUGGAGGAGCGAGAGAUCAGGACCAGCGGCUUCUUGCGACUCCCUGUUCGCGACCCGAGAAUCCCUUCCAUCUACAUCAGUCACGUGGAUUAGGGAUUUUCACUCUAAGGGGAUUACUCAGGCUACGAGUGUGAGUAACGGUGGUCGAUGAAUGACUUUCCGAAAUGUUAUGUAGAAUAUUUUGUAGAAUGGUUUCGAUGGCGUCGCAAAUUCAAAUUAAAAUGGUGUACUUAGUA